AUGACAGGAGCAGUGUGGCACCGGGUGGCUCUGAGCGUCAGCAAGAAGCAGGUGACCUUGAUCCUAGACUGCAAGAAGAAAGUGACCCGCCCUUUGCCCCGCGGCAACCAGCCGGCCAUCGACACGCGCGGCAUCACCGUCUUUGGAACCCGCAUCCUGGACGAGGAGGUCUUCGAGGGUGACAUCCAGCAGCUGCUCAUCUCCUCCAGCCCCCAAGCAGCCUACGACUUCUGCGAAGACUUCAGCCCCGACUGCGACGUGAAGGCCGCCCAGAAGCCCCAAGCGCAGGAGGCCCAGAGAAACCCCAGCAGACCUGAGUACUUUGGUGAGGACCUGCAGGAGUAUGACGCCUACCCCUACUAUUACGGGCCUAGUGAGGGCGGAUUGGGCCCUCUCUCCUCCGCGCCUCUGGGGGGAGUCAGUGAUCAGAAACCGGCCAAGGGGAAGCCCCCCGCCAAGCCCAAACCAAAGCCGAAGCAGCCCCAGAAACGCCAGCUCGCCAGCACGGCGCCCGCCUACGCCGCCAAGACCGGCCCCAAAAACGGCUCCAAGUACCCCGCCAACGGGAAGUCCGGCGCGAAGGCCGGCAGCACCAAGGCGACCACGAAAAAACCCCUGGGCAAAUCGGGGGGCCAGGCCCACGCUGGCGCCGUCGGAGCCCGGAAGCCGGGGAACGGCUACCAGCAGGACGUGGGCCUGCUCCCCACAGAGGAGCCCUGGGGGGCCCAUGAGUACCUUGACUACACCUUGCCCCCUGAGGCGGAAGAGACCUAUUGGGAAGAGGGCCCCACACACGAGGCGUCCCUACCUGUUGCCUCGUCGCCACGGGGAGAGGAGGAAGCGCCCAGCCCACGUCCGGCCGAGGAAGAGGUGUUCACUGAAGAGGAGGUCCCUGGCGUGGGGCUGGAGUACGAGUACGCCUAUAGGAGCUAUGGCGAGGGGGCCGAGCCGUCGGAGCUGGGGCCUGUGCUCUCGGCCGAGACCCCCCACGGCGGAGGCGCCGUCCGAGGAGCCAGAGGCUACAAAGGAGAGAAGGGAGAGCCGGCCGUCUUCGAACCCGGGAUGCUGGUCGAAGGUCCCCCAGGCCCCGAAGGAGCUCCGGGUAUCAGCGGACCACCAGGGACCACGGGACCCCCAGGACCCCCCGGCGACUCUGGGGAGAGGGGCCCUCCAGGACGCCCUGGCAUCCCUGGCUCAGAUGGAUCUCCUGGACCCCCUGGCACGUCCAUGAUGCUUCCGUUCCGAUUUGGGAGCAGCGGUGGUGGAAAGGGGCCAGUCGUGGCGGCCCAGGAAGCCCAAGCCCAGGCCAUCUUGCAACAAGCUCGGCUGGCCUUGCGUGGCCCCCCAGGACCCAUGGGCUAUACGGGUCGUCCUGGACCCCUGGGUCAACCUGGCAGCAACGGCAUGAAGGGAGAGCACGGAGACUUUGGUCCCCAGGGUCCUCGAGGUCCACAGGGGCUGACUGGACCCCCAGGGAAGCCUGGACGCCGAGGUCGUGCUGGAGCGGACGGUGCCCGGGGGAUGCCCGGGGAAACGGGCAUCAAGGGCGAUCGCGGGUUUGAUGGGCUCCCAGGCCUCCCGGGGGAGAAAGGCCACCGGGGUGACUCUGGAUCUCAGGGUGUUCCUGGUCCCCCCGGGGAAGAUGGCGAGAGGGGAGACGACGGAGAGGUCGGCCAACGUGGGCUUCCUGGAGAACCGGGACCCCGAGGUCUUCUUGGCCCCAAAGGACCCCCAGGGAUCCCAGGCCCUCCGGGUGUGCGUGGCAUGGAUGGACCCCACGGGCCCAAGGGGAACCUGGGACCUCAAGGGGAGCCGGGACCCCCUGGCCAGCAGGGGACACCAGGGACGCAGGGAUUGCCGGGACCUCAAGGUGCAAUGGGACCUCAUGGGGAGAAGGGCCCCAGAGGGAAACCUGGACUUCCGGGGAUGCCUGGUUCUGACGGCCCGCCUGGCCACCCUGGCAAAGAGGGGCACCCAGGCACCAAAGGAAACCAGGGCCCGUCUGGUCCUCAGGGGCCAGUUGGCUACCCGGGGCCUCGCGGGGCGAAGGGAAUGGACGGCAUUCGAGGCUUCAACGGCCACAAAGGAGAAAAGGGGGAAGAAGGAUUUCCUGGUUUCAAGGGUGACAUGGGCGUGAAAGGUGACCGGGGCGAAGUCGGCGUCCCAGGAUCCCGAGGUGAAGACGGCCCCGAAGGCCCUAAAGGCCGCACUGGGCCCCACGGCGACCCAGGUCCCAUUGGACUCGUCGGAGAGAAGGGGAAACUGGGUGUUCCGGGUCUCCCUGGGUAUCCCGGCCGACAAGGACCUAAGGGCUCUCAAGGCUUUCCUGGCUUCCCCGGGACGAACGGCGAAAAGGGGGACGGGUAAGGGAUCUCUGGGAAGUUGGGACCCCGAGGCGAGAGAGGUCCCACGGGGCCACGAGGCCAGCGGGGGCCACGAGGAGCCACAGGGAAGUCUGGAGCAAAGGGCACCUCGGGCAGCGAAGGACCAGCCGGGCCCCCCGGAGAACGGGGUCAACCGGGACCACAAGGACCAAACGGAUUCCCUGGGCCAAAAGGACCUCCGGGCCCCUCGGGGAAGGACGGUCUGCCCGGACACCCUGGCCAGCGGGGAGAAGUCGGAUUCCAAGGCAAGACCGGACCCCCAGGAGGACCGGGGGUUGUGGGGCCUCAGGGCCCCGCAGGAGAAACAGGCCAGAUGGGGGAGGGCCACCCUGGCCCACCCGGACCUCCUGGAGAGCAAGGCCUGCCUGGACCAUCUGGGAAAGAAGGCACAAAGGGUGACCCCGGCACCCCUGGAGGACCCGGCAAGGAUGGCCCGGCUGGGCUGCGAGGCUUCCCCGGAGAGCGCGGCCUGCCUGGAACUGCCGGCGGGCCUGGACUGAAAGGCAACGAAGGACCCGCUGGACCCCCAGGACCCGCCGGAUCCCCAGGGGAAAGGGGGGGCCCAGGGCCAGGUGGCCCCAUCGGACCCCCAGGAAGACCAGGCCCUCAAGGACCCGCUGGCUCGGCUGGGGAGAAAGGCGUGCCUGGCGAGAAAGGUCCCAUUGGCCCCGCAGGCCGCGAUGGCGUCCAGGGCCCCGUCGGGCUGCCUGGCCCCGCAGGACCUCCGGGGGGCCCAGGUGAGGAUGGCGACAAGGGUGAAGUGGGCGAUCCUGGCCAGAAGGGCGGCAAAGGAGCGAAAGGGGAGCAUGGGCCACCGGGACCCCCUGGCCCACUGGGUCCUCUCGGGCAACCAGGAGCCGCAGGCGCAGACGGAGAGCCUGGAGCGAGGGGCCCCCAAGGCCACUUUGGAGCAAAGGGGGAUGAGGGAACCCGAGGGUUUAAUGGCCCCCCAGGGCCCAUCGGCCUGCAGGGUCUGCCUGGACCAUCUGGGGAAAAGGGGGAGACAGGCGACGUGGGGCCCAUGGGACCCCCCGGACCCCCCGGACCACGUGGCCCAGCCGGACCCUCUGGAGCAAAUGGUCCCCAAGGCCCGCCAGGCGGCGUAGGAAACCUUGGCCCCCCAGGACAGAAGGGUGAAGCAGGAGAGCCGGGAGGUCCUGGUGUCCCUGGAGAACCUGGUGGCAAGGGCCCAAGGGGAGAACGAGGAGAGAAAGGCGAGGCUGGAGCUGCUGGCGUGGCCGGGCCCCCUGGCGGGAAGGGCCCCCCCGGAGACGAUGGCCCCAAAGGAAACCCCGGUCCAGUUGGUUUCCCUGGAGAUCCGGGACCCCCUGGCGAAAUGGGACCUCGGGGCCAAGACGGAGCCAAAGGCGACCGGGGAGAAGACGGAGAGCCGGGAGAGGCGGGCUCUCCGGGACCCACUGGUGAGAACGGACCCCCCGGCCCGCUUGGCAAGAGGGGUCCAGCCGGCACCCCAGGCCCCGAAGGACGCCAAGGGGAGAAAGGCGCCAAGGGAGAGCCAGGAGCGCUGGGAGCCCCAGGGAAGACGGGGCCCGUGGGCCCUCAGGGACCCCCAGGGAAACCAGGGACGGACGGACUGAGGGGCCUCCCCGGAUCAGUGGGGGCACAGGGCAAGCCAGGAGCGACCGGCCAGGCUGGGCCCCCGGGACCAGUGGGCCCCCCUGGCUUGCCUGGGCUGAGAGGCGACUCUGGACCCAAAGGAGAGAAGGGACACCCCGGUCUCAUCGGCCUGAUCGGACCCCCAGGAGAGCAAGGGGAGAAGGGAGACCGAGGCCUGCCUGGCCCACAAGGCACCGCAGGCCAGAAAGGAGAAACGGGAAUCCCUGGUCCAACCGGCCCCCUCGGACCCGCAGGCCCCCCUGGUCUCCCCGGUCCAGGCGGCCCCCCAGGUCCUAAAGGAGCCACGGGUCAAGCGGGACCCAAAGGUCAGCGGGGAGUCCCUGGUCCCCCUGGACGGCCGGGACCCCCCGGAGAGGUGAUCCAGCCGCUGCCCAUCCAGAGGCCCAAGAAGAACAAGCGUUCGGUGGACGGCAGCCAGCUGGUGGCCGAGGAGCAGCCGCCGUCGGACGGGGCAGGCCAGGCGCCCUCGGAGGGCAUGGAGGAGAUCUACGGUUCCCUCAAUUCCCUCCGGCAGGAGAUUGAGCAGAUGAGGAAGCCCCUGGGCACCCAGGAAAGCCCCGGGCGAACCUGCCAGGACCUGCUGCUCUGCCACCCGGACCUUCCUGAUGGCGAAUACUGGAUCGACCCCAACCAGGGCUGCUCACGAGAUUCCUUCAAGGUCUACUGUAAUUUCACGGCCGGCGGAGAGACCUGCGUCUUCCCCAGCCAGGAGAUUCGAGAGGUGAAAAUGUCGACGUGGGAGAAAGAGAAACCUCAAACCUGGUUCAGCCAAUUCCAGAAAGGCAGGAAGUUCUCCUACUCGGACGCCGACGGCAACCCCCUGGGCAUCGUGCAGCUCACCUUCCUGCGCCUCCUGAGCGUCUCGGCCCGGCAGAACUUCACCUACCACUGCCAGCGUUCAGCCGCCUGGCACAGCCGCGGGGAGCCGGCCCCCGGGGGCUACCAGCGCGCCCUCCGCUUCCAGGGCGCCAACGAGGACGAGCUGAGCUACGACAGCAGCCCCUACGUCAAGGCCCUGCGGGACGGCUGCGCGACACGGAAAGGAUCGGACAAGACCGUCAUGGAGGUCCACACCCCCCAGGUGGAGCAGCUGCCUUUGACGGACGUUCGCGUGGCGGACUUUGGGGAGCCCGGCCAGAGGUUUGGGUUCGAGGUGGGGCCGGUCUGCUUCCGAGGCUAAGGCGGCGGGAACACCCUGCGCACUUCACUGAGCCCACCCCCCCGACCCCGUUUGCCCUUGGUCUCCGGGGGAACCCCCCACCCCACAAGCAGUGACGGAACAGGAUCCGGCCUCUCUCCACGCCCCCCUUCAAGACACAGUGGAUCCAUCCGCCAACCAAUGGGAGACCGAGGAGCAUCGGGGGUCCGGGGCACCAAUGCAGACCAAAGAGAAGUGGACCGUUUGGGACAAGCCAGAUUAUAUUUUAUCGCCAUUCCUCCUCCCCACCUCUCCUCCACAAGUAGCGGGUCACAAAGCGAAGCCCCCUCCCCAAACAUACAGGGACCCCUCCCCACUGUAGCUCUUUUCCCGCUGAACCCACUACUCUAACCCCACCCCAUGCCUUGAUCUCGUGGCUGUCUGUCUCCCCCCCCCCAAAAAAGCACUAAAGCAUCCCUUUCCCUAUUCCUUCAGGGGUCCUUGGGGUGGAAGCGAUUGGGGUGGGGGGGGGUAUAUUCAACAAUAAUCUGCAGAAUUUUCCAGUUGUAACUCCCCAGUCCCAAAUCCGGUUGUUGCAUUUCCUCCCCGUGACCCUUGCCCACCCCAUAACAGGGACCCUUUGCCCCCACCCCUAAUGGCCACUCCCACCCUCUGCUGGCCCUUGCACCCAUUUUAAGACCUCACCCACCACCCAUCCCAGCUCCCCAACAGGUGAGUGUUUUUUUGCAAAAGGGAAGCCACAAGCCUUUUCCGGGCUCUCUAGGGCAAUCCCCUCACCCCCUAACAGACAGCACCAAUUAAGCCCCACAUUUACAGGAGGAAAUGGGGGGGGCAGAUACUACAGGAACCUGCCUGUGGGCUGGAAAGGGGCAGCUGGAGUGAACAACUUUGCUUGUCUCUAUCCUAAUGCACAGAGCAUGGGAACCAAGCUAGAUGAACCCAAGCUCCCAUUACAAGGUGGCAAAUGCCGAUUGAAUAGGCACUGCUGAAACCAGAAGGGCUAAAUGACGCUGGGUGGGGGCAAACUUGGUACAAAAGCCCCCCCCCAGUUCAGAGACCAAGAGCAGAGAGGGGUCCUCUGGCUUCCCAAUGGCCGCCUCUCCCCCAAACCCUGGUCAUCUCCACACUAGCCACCUCAACAAUUGCCCCAAACAUAUCUUAGCUUUGUUUUUUUAAUGAUUCUAAAACUAGACACUGCCCCUGGGAAAAGGAUCCCCCCUUUUGCACAAAUUAGUGUCCCGCCAGGAAUUCAGUCCCCUCCCUCCCCCUUCCUAACUUUCAAGCCCCUCCCCCGUGUUCUGCAUGCUUCUAAGAAGCGUCUUCUGCCUCCCCAACUUCCCUUCGCCCCCAGAGCAGCUCCAAAGACCAGAAAGGAAAACUGUGUGUUUUGUUUUUUGUUUUUUUUAUAAAGAGAAAAAAUAAAUAAAUUAAUUAUAUUAUUUAAAGGAGUGGAUAUAAGAAAAAGAGACUAUUUUCAUCUCCUGCUGCCUUUUAUUUUUACGGAAGAUGGAAAAAGGCGAGUUUCACACCCAGUUUUUGGUGCUCGGGAAGUUUAAAAAAAUAAAUUUAUUUUCUCUCGGCCGCCUGCAAAGUUCUUUCCCCCCCCACCCCUUCUCUCUUGAAAGGGGGUUCCCCCCCCCUACACAAAAGCUCCUCCUUGGCUUUUUUGUUUUCUUAAAAAGCAAGCGAGGGGCCGCCCCCUGGUGCUGGAAGCAGGCGACCCAACCGUGUAAUGUUUUGUAAUUAAUUGUGGAAAUUGUAUGGUGCCUAAUAGAUCAUCUAUAAUUUUG